AUGAGGUUGUUCCUCCACCUUCGUAAACACCCUGACGAGCGGACUCCCUGGCAGAACUCCGAAUUUAUGAGGCUGGGCUCGCUGAAGAGACAAUUGCCGAUAGAAGAGUCAUUGGGUCUGAUGAGCCUAGCCAAAAAGGCCAGGCAUCGCUAUGAUGAGGAUGGGGAUGCGGAUCAAUAA